CACUUCAGGCACUGAGCUCCCUUUGAUCAAGAAAGAGCCUAUUUCUGAAGUUAUCAAUGGCACUUUGCAGCUUCUUUACAACGUCCUGGAGAACAUCGGUCCCGCAACCAUGCGGAAUGAGUCGUGCGGGGAGCAGCUGCUGGUUUUCCGGCGCCCGGAGAAGAUCAUCAUCGGGGUGAUGCUGGCCAUCAUCACAGCGGUCACCGUGAUGGGAAACACGCUGGUCGUGAUCGCGGUGUGCGUGGUGAAGAAAUUAAGGCAGCCCUCAAACUACCUCUUGGUUUCUUUAGCUGUGGCCGACCUGUCCGUGGCCAUCGUGGUGAUGCCGUUUGUGAUAGUGACCGACCUCACCGGCGGCAAGUGGCUUUUUGGCGAGGUCUUUUGCAACAUAUUCAUCGGCAUGGAUGUAAUGUGCUGCACUGCCUCCAUCAUGACCCUGUGCGUGAUCAGCGUGGACAGAACUUUCCGAUCCUAUCCGAACGAGAUGAACAAGAAGUCUACAAAGCAAAGCAAAGCAAAGGUAUCUUGGGAUCACACGGCCCCUAACCUACCCUGCCCGACAGAAUGGUCAGCUGAUGGCAAAGAUGAUCUUGGGCGUGUGGUUGGUGUCAGCAUCCAUCACUUUGCCCCCCUUCUGCGGCUGGGCCAAAAACGUCCACACAGCCGGCGUGUGCCUCAUCAGCCAAGACUUUGGCUACACCAUCUAUUCCACAGCCGUAGCCUUCUACAUCCCUAUGCUGGUAAUGCUGUUUAUGUAUUACAAAAUAUUCCGGGCAGCCCGCAAGAGUGGUGCCAAACAUCGCUUCACUGACCUUUCCCGCCGCGAGCGCCUCGAAACAGUGGCUAAAGAGGCGCUACGAAUGCAGGGCCUAAA